CAGUGCCUCCUGCAGCACCAGCGGGAGUUGAGGCGCCAGCGCCCCCAGCUCCUCUUUCUGGUGCCUGUGAGCUUGGUUCCCCCCCACAGCAGACGCAGCCCCGGUCGCUUCUCCUCCUCAGCCAGUCGCUCCCCGCCGCCGCCGCUCCUCCUGAAGAGAGGGCGGGGAGGGUUUGAAAGGCGCCGCCGGGAAGCCAAAGCCAGGGUUACUUACUUCCUCCUCGUUUUCGCCCCAGGGAGCGGGAGGGCUGACCUUACCAGCCUGCCUAAGAGCAAGGAGGGCCUCGGAGCGACGGGGACGGGGGGGGGCAAGGAAGAAAUCUGUAGCUUUAAGAUGGUUGGGCUAGGAAACAGUCGUCGUGGGAUAAAAUCACCACCUCUUCUAGUAGCAGCGCUUGUGGCUUGUAUAAUUGUUUUGGGAUUUAAUUACUGGAUAGCAAGUUCCCGUAGUGUUGAUUUGCAGAAUCGUUUAAUGGAAUUAGAAGGCAGAAUGCGCAGGGCCGCUGCAGAAAGAGGCGCUGUAGAAAUGAAAAAGAAUGAAUUCCAAGGAGAACUAAAGAAACAGAGGGAACAGAUUGACAAAAUUCAAUCUAUGCAUGAUUUCCAGAUAGAAAAUAUCAACAAAAUACACAGAGGUGAAAAGGAAAUAUUAUUAAAUAACAUCACAAUAAAUGAUCAACUGAUCCAGAAUCUUCAAGAGAAUUUGAAAACAUUGCAGAGGAAAUGUGAAAAGCUUCAAUUAGACGUCAACAGAUUUCAGAACAAUCAGACUGACCUCCAGAGAAAAUUUUUAUUUGACAUGUCUAAAUGUGUAAGUAAGAUGGAGGAACUGAAGGAACAAUGUGAAGAAAAGCUAAAAGCAUCACCAGAAGAUAGCAAGGUACAACAAGAAAAGAAAAAAGAACAUAAUACAAAUAUAUCAGGAAUAAACCAAGCCAAUAUACAGAUGCAGGAUUUUGAACAGACAGAGAUUGAUCCUCAUGAUCUGACAAACCAGGAAAAUGAACUUCAAGAAAAAAAUCUGUCUAAUAAGUCUAUGAAAUUAGAUUCAAAACCAAUGUCUGUACUAAACAAAGAAGAAUUGAAUCAUCAUAGAGAAAAGGGAACCAGUGACCUUCCUAAUAAGGAGUCCAGGAAAGAGGAGAUCCUUCUCAAUCAAGGCCAUCUACAAAUACCUUCUGUUUCUAGCAGUGAUCAUAGAGCACUUCCUCCUGAACCAGAAACAGAUCUGAGUCACCAUGAGCAAAUUAGUAAUGUAGUUGGAGAAAUUUUAGUAGAAAGCGAGAAUGGCAAAUUUUUAGAACUCCUCGGCCACCAAAACAUCAAAACAGCAAACAAAGUUGAAGAAAUUGAACGCGAGGAACUCUUAAAUGAUGACUUACAGCAGGAUGACCAGGAAACUAAUCAAAAUGGUUAAGGUGAAAUCAAAAGAGUGGGCCAGGAUAAUAAAGGGGUCGAUUACAACUUCGAUACAAAUGAGGCAGAAUCCGAAACAGAUAAGCAGGCUGCUCUCAUUGGCCAGCAAAAUAGCUUCAAUGUUCAGAAUCAUGAAGAUCCCAAAAUGGAAAAUAGCUUAUUUAAGCUCAAGGCAGCCCAACAGCAGAAAUUGUGAACAGCGAUUUUAGUUUUCGAUACUUGUUAAAUUAUUUAGGCAAAUCCAUUCAAAACUUUCACAAAAAUCAGGGGAUUAAAACCAGUUCUGAUUCCUCUCCAUCAGGAAGAUUAUCUGCAGACUUAAUAGGGUGAUUUUACAUCUAUCAGGUAGAGUAUUCCAGUGUUGCAGGGUGGAAAUAAGCCCCUGAAAAUUUAUGAAAUCAACCUGUUACUCAUCUACCAGGUAUAGUUUCCUUUUCAAAUUAUAACAGUACCACCUUAGAUGCAAAUUAUUUUGCUCUAAAAACUGAGAAUAUUGCACAGACUGCAGUUUUUUUCUGUUCAGAUCUCUUCCAUCAUUAUUUAUAAACCAAACUUAGAAAGUCAGUUUUUAUACUUUUCUACCAGAUCUUCCUUCAGAAAGAGAAUAUCCUAAGCAACUUAUUAAAUUCCUUUAAGUGCUUUGCUUCGAGGGGCCUGCCUAGUACAGUGGGAUAUGAUAUCAAAUAAAUGCACAUAAAAGUGAGUUACAUACCUACAUCUUUUCUUAUUCAAAUGCUUUUUUUUUGAAUUGUAGAAUGAUUUAAGUAUUAACCAAAUGCAGGUGUAAAACAGGCCUUACACAUUCCGGAAUUCUAAUACACUAGAAUAGCCAGCUACGUACCUUAAUUUGUACAUGAAAAAAAUGAACUCCAAAUGUUUUGCUGCUUCAUAGCAUAUCUUAUUUGGUGUAAAUAAAAGAACUGCAGUAUCAUUUAGGGCACGAUGCAAAUUUGCCGUCAACACUGAUUAUAGCACUUUAGCCCUGUUGAAGAGAACUAGAAUAGAGUAAGUGCAAUACAAUUAUUUUGUAUGACAAAGAGAUUUACAGAUUACUAUAGUAUUUUGUUAAAUGCAAAUACUGGGUUUAUUUUGAUCAAGUUCUUGAUUAUAAAAUAAGUGGGUUUUCGAGUCUUAUAAUUUGGUUGUGAGGUUACUAUCAAUAAAAUACUCCACUCAUUGGGAACAGUGUCCUGUAA